AUGUGGUUGGGCUGUUCCGUUUUUGCGGCAUGGAUGUGCGGCUCGUACAGUUGGUGUGGCACGUGUGCGACAAUGCAAGCUUUUUUGUUGUUGGUUCCAUCCACGAUUUUUUCUCCUCCUUUUAACAGACUUCUUUUCGGGAUCCCUUGUUCGACAGUAUUGUAUGCCGCUCACUUCUCUUCCAAGGGAUUGAAUGUUGAAGUUCGCAUUAAAAUCCUUUCGCAAUUAUUUUUUUUGUUGGUGUUGUCUGUAACUUUUUUACUACUGGUACUUGGCGUAUUCCCGUUACUUUUGGUAGCUGAAGUAGUUCAAGCUUGUAAUAAACAACCAAGUUAA